CAGCACUGCCGCGGGGACCGCACUGCCCGCCCUGCCAGACCCGCCCCGGCCGGCCGCCAGCAGCAGCACCCCGAUCUCGGGCCCCGUGCGGGCGAUGGCUGUAUCCUGGGGCUGAGCGCGCAGGUUGUAUGACCGAGAGUCCCGAAGAGAGAGACUAAGGGGAAGAGAAGAAGGAGGGGCGGGCUCCUGGCAAGGCGUUUGUUCCUGAACAGAGUCCUGCAGAGAUGGAGAAGGAGGAGGAGACAACCCGGGAGCUGCUGCUGCCUAACUGGCAGGGCAGUGGCUCCCAUGGGCUGACCAUUGCCCAGAGGGAUGAUGGAGUCUUUGUGCAGGAGGUGAUGCAGAACUCCCCUGCGGCCCGCACUGGAGUGGUCAAGGAGGGGGACCAGAUUGUGGGUGCCACCAUCUACUUUGACAAUCUACAGUCGGGUGAGGUGACCCAGCUCCUGAACACCAUGGGGCAUCACACUGUUGGCCUGAAGCUACAUCGCAAGGGGGAUCGCUCCCCUGAACCUGGCCAGACCUGGAGCCAUGAAGUCUUCAGCUCCCGUAGCUCCGAGGUAGUUCUGAGCGGGGAUGAUGAGGAGUACCAGCGCAUCUACGCCACCAAGAUCAAGCCUCGGCUGAGGUCGGAGGAUGGAGUGGAAGGAGACCUUGGGGAGACCCAGAGCCGCACCAUCACAGUGACCAGAAGGGUCACAGCCUACACUGUGGAUGUGACCAGCCGAGAAGGAGCCAAGGACAUUGACAUCAGCAGCCCUGAGUUCAUGAUCAAGAUUCCAAGACAUGAAGUGACUGAAAUCUCCAACGUUGAUGUGGAGACCCAGCCUGGAAAGACGGUGAUCAGACUGCCCUCUGGAUCAGGGGCAGCCUCUCCAACCCCAGGCCCUGCCAUGGAAAUCCGGGCAGGGGCCAUUUCCACUUCUGGACCAGAGCUUCAGAGUUCCAGCCACUCGAAAUUCCAGGUCAAUGUGCCUGGGAUAAAGGUGGGAAGCCCAAGUGUCAAUGUUAGUGCAAAGGGCUUGGACUUGGGUGGCAAAGGUGGGGUUCAAGUUCCAGUAGUGGAUAUUUCAUCUUCCCUUGGGGAUGGGGCAGCAGAGGUGCAGGGUUCAUCCCUCCAGAGUGGUGAUAACGGGAAAAUUAAAAUUCCUACAAUGAAGAUACCAAAAUUUGGUGUCUCAGCAGGGCCUGAGGGCCAGGUACUGGAGGCAGAGCUGAGUGUUUCCACACCUGAAUUAUCUGUGGGGCACAAGGGCAACCAGCCAGGCUUGACCAUCAGUGGGAACAUCCAGACCCCUCAUUUGGAAGUCAGUGCCCCUUCUGCCAAUAUUGAAGGGCUUGAGGGAAAGCUGAAGGGCCCUCACAUCACUGGGCCAUCACUUGAGGGUGACUUAGGCCUGAAAGGUGCCAAGCCACAGGGGAGCAUAAGAAUGGAUGUCUCUGCUCCCAAAAUUGAGGGAAGCAUCACUAGUCCCAGUGUGGAAGUUCGAGUCCCUGAUAUUGAUGUUCAUGGGUUUGGAGGCAAACUGAAUAUGCCCAAGAUGAAAGUCCCUAAAUUCUCUGCAUCUGGUUCAAAGACAGAGGGAGCUGGCAUUGAUGUGACACAGCCUACAAGUGAAGUGACUCUUCCUGGGGUCUCUAGGGAGGUCAGCCUACCCGAGAUUGCUACUGGUGGGCUAGAAGGGAAGAUGAAGGGUGCUAAAGUCAAGACUCCUGAAAGGAUUAUCCAGAAGCCUAAAAUCUCUAUGCAGGAUGUGGAUCUGAGCCUUGGUGCCUGUAAGCCGAAGGGAGAUAUUAAGGUAUCUGCACCUGAGGUGAAAGGUGAUGUUAAAGGCCCUCAGGUGGCAGGUAAAGGCACCAAAGUGGACAUAGAGACACCAAACCUAGAGGGGGCCUUGACAGGUCCCAAGCUCAGCAGUCCUACUGUGAAAACAGGAACCUGUAGGAUCUCUAUGGCAGAUGUAGACUUACAUGUGGCCGCACCUAAAGGGGGUGUAGAUGUUGUACUCCCCAAAGCAGAAGGGAAAGUCAAAGUCCCUGAAGUUGAUGUUAAAGGCCCCAAAGUGGAUAUCAGUGCCCCAGAUGUGGAAGUUCAUGGCCCAGAGUGGAACCUGAAAAUGCCCAAGAUGAAGAUGCCCAAGUUCAGCACUCCAGGAAUCAAAGGGGAUGGCCCAGAUGUAGAUGUGACUCUAACCAAAGGAGACAUCAGUAUUUCAGGGCCAAAGGUCAAUGUAGAAGGCCCAAAUGUCACCACAGAGGGUAUAAAAGGCCCUGAUAUUAAGAUACCUGAAGUGAGUGUCAAGACUCCAAAGAUCUCCAUGCCUGAUGUAGAUUUGCAUGUUAAAGGUACAAAGGUGAAGGGAGAAUAUGAUGUAACAAUACCAAAACUUGAGGGAGAACUGAAGGGUCCCAAAGUUGAUAUCAGUGCCCCAGAAGUGGAUGCUCGUGGUCCAGACUGGCACCUGAAGAUGCCCAAGAUGAAAAUGCCCAAAUUCCAUGCACCAGGAUUCAAAGCAGAGGGUCCAGAAGUGGAUAUAAAUCUACCCAAAGUAGAGGUAGACAUUUCUGAACCUAAGCUAGAAGCCAGUGCUCCAGAUGUGAGUAUUGAGGAACCAGAAGGGAAAUUGAAGACACCUAAGUUUAAAAUGCCUGAAAUGAAUAUUAAAGCUCCAAAGAUCUCCAUGCCAGAUGUGGAUUUACAUCUGAAAGGCCCUAAUGUAAAGGGAGAGUAUGAUGUCACUGUGCCAAGGGCUGAAGGUGAGAUUAAAGUUCCUGAUGUUGAGCUUAAAAGUGCCAAGUUGGACAUUGAUGUUCCAGAUGUGGAUGUUCAUGGCCCAGAUUGGCACCUGAAGAUGCCCAAGAUGAACAUGCCCAAGUUUGGCAUGCCAGGCUUCAAGGCAGAGAGUUCAGAAGCAGAGAUGAACCUCCCUAAGGCCAACAUUGACAUCUCAGGACCCAAGGUGGAUGUUGAAGUUCCAGAUGUAAAUAUUGAAGGGCCUGAAGGGAAGUUGAAGGGUCCCAAGCUUAAGAUGCCAGAGAUGAACAUCAAGGCCCCAAAGAUCUCCAUGCCUGAUGUGGAUCUGCAUAUGAAAGGCCCCAAGGCAAAGGGAGAAUAUGAUGUGACAGUGCCAAAGCUGGAAGGGGACCUGAAAGGACCCAAAAUCGACGUCAGUGCUCCAGAUGUUGAUGUUCAGGGUCCUGAAUGGAACUUGAAAAUGCCAAAGAUUAAGAUGCCCAAAUUCAGCAUGCCAAGUCUCAAAGGUGAGGGCCCGGAAUUGGAUGUGAACCUGCCCAAGGCUGAUUUGGACAUUUCUGUACCAAAGUUAGACCUUACUGCUCCAGACCUGAACCUUGAAGGACCGGAAGGAAAGUUGAAAGGCCCCAAGUUUAAGAUGCCCGAGAUGCAUUUCAAGGCUCCAAAGGUAUCUUUGCCAGAUGUUGACCUGGAUAUUAAAGGACCAAAAAUGAAAGGAAAUUUAGAUAUCUCUGCACCUGAAAUAGAGGGAGAAAUGAAAGUUCCAGAUGUGGAUAUCAAAGGUCCUAAGGUUGAUAUGAAAGCACCAGAUGUGGAGGCUCAAGGCCCAGACUGGAGCUUGAAAAUGCCCAAGUUGAAAAUGCCCAAGUUCAGUAUGCCUACUCUGAAAGGUGAAAGUCCAGAAGUGGAUGUGAACCUUCCCAAGGCUGCCAUUGAUGUCUCAGGACCUAAAGUUGACAUUGAAGCCCCAGAUGUGAGCCUUGAGGGGCCAGAAGGAAAGCUGAAGGGUCCCAAGUUUAAGAUGCCUGACAUGCAUUUCAAGGCCCCCAAGAUCUCCAUGCCUGAUGUGGACUUGCACUUGAAAGGCCCCAAAGUCAAGGGGGAUAUGGAUGUGACUGUACCCAAGGUAGAAGGUGAAAUCAAAGUGCCAGAUGUGGACAUCAAGGGCCCCAAAGUUGACACCAGUGCUCCAGAUGUGGAUGUCCAGGGCCCAGAUUGGCAUCUAAAGAUGCCCAAGAUGAAAAUGCCCAAGUUCAGCAUGCCUGGCUUCAAAGCAGAGGGCCCAGAAGUAGACGUGAACCUGCCCAAGGCUGACAUUGAUGUCUCAGGACCGAAGGUGGACAUUGACAUCCCAGAUGUGAAUCUUCAAAGUUCAGAUGCAAAACUGAAGGGCCCCAAGUUGAAGAUGCCUGAGAUGAACAUCAAAACCCCCAAGAUUUCCGUGCCUGAUGUGGACUUACACUUGAAAGGCCCCAAAGUCAAGGGGGAUGUGGAUGUGACUGUACCCAAGGUAGAAGGUGAAGUAAAAGUGCCAGAUGUGGACAUCAAGGGCCCCAAAGUUGACAUCAGUGCUCCAGAUGUGGAUGUCCAGGGCUCAGAUUGGCACCUGAAGAUGCCCAAGAUGAAAAUGCCCAAGUUCAGCAUGCCUGGCUUCAAAGCAGAGGGUCCUGAAGUGGAUGUGAGCCUUCCCAAGGCUGACCUUGAUGUCUCAGGACCCAAGGUGGACAUUGAUGUACCUGAUGUGAAUAUUGAAGCUCCAGAUACAAAAAUAAAAGGUCCUAAAUUCAAGAUGCCGGAAAUGAAUGUAAAACCUCAGAAGAUAUCCAUGCCAGAUGUUAGCUUGAAUUUGAAAGGCCCUAAACUGAAAGGAGAGCGUGAUAUCUCAGUUCCAAGAGUGGAAGGAGAGAUAAAAGCUCCUGAAGUUGAUAUCAAAGGCCCCAAAAUGGACAUUAAUGCACCAGAUGUGGAGGUUCAUGGUCCUGAUUGGCACCUGAAGAUGCCCAAGGUGAAAAUGCCCAAGUUCAGCAUGCCUGGCUUCAAAGGAGAGGGUCCUGAAGUGGAUGUGAACCUGCCCAAGGCUGACCUUGAUGUCUCAGGACCCAAGGUGGACCUUGAGGCUCCAGGUGUGAAUAUUGAAGGUCCAGAGGGUAAAGUAAAGAGCCCCAAGUUCAAGCUGCCAACCAUGAACAUACAGACACACAAAAUCUCUAUGCCUGAUGUUGGACUUAAUCUGAAAGCACCUAAACUAAAAAGUGAUGUGGAUGUUUCCCUUCCAAAAGUGGAGGGAGAUCUGAAAGGUCCUGAAAUUGAUAUUAAAGCCCCUAAGAUGGAUGUGGAUGUAGGUGAUAUUGAUAUUGAAUGUCCAGAAGGAAAGCUGAAGGGUCCCAAGUUUAAGAUGCCAGACAUGCAUUUCAAGGCCCCCAAGAUCUCUAUGCCUGAUGUAGACUUGCACUUGAAAGGCCCCAAAGUCAAGGGGGAUAUGGAUGUGACUGUACCCAAGGUAGAAGGUGAAAUCAAAGUGCCAGAUGUGGACAUCAAAGGGCCAAAAGUGGACAUCACUGCCCCAGAUGUGGAUGUUCAUGGUCCAGAUUGGCACCUGAAGAUGCCCAAGAUGAAAAUGCCCAAGUUCAACAUGCCGGGCUUCAAAGCAGAGGGUCCUGAAGUGGAUGUGAAUCUGCCCAAGGCUGAAUUUGAUGUCUCAGGACCCAAGGUGGACAUUGAUGCUCCUGAUUUGGAUAUUGAGGGACCAGAAGGAAAAUUAAAAGGCUCCAGAUUUAAGAUGCCCAAGUUGAAUAUCAAAGCUCCAAAGCUCUCCAUGCCAGAAGUGGACUUGAAUUUGAAGGGACCAAAACUCAAAGGAGAGAUAGAUGCUUCUGUGCCAGAAGUGGAAGCUGACCUCAGAGGCCCACAAGUUGAUAUCAAAGGUCCCAGUGUGGAUGUAGAGGUACCUGAGGUUGAUCUGGAAUGUCCUGAUGCAAAGUUAAAGGGCCCCAAAUUUAAGAUGCCAGACAUGCACUUCAAGGCCCCCAAGAUCUCCAUGCCUGAUGUGGACUUGCACUUGAAAGGCCCCAAAGUCAAGGGGGAUAUGGAUGUGACUGUACCUAAGGUAGAAGGAGAAAUCAAAGUGCCAGAUGUGGACAUCAAAGGGCCAAAAGUGGACAUUGAUGUUCCUGAUGUGGAUGUUCAUGGUCCAGACUGGCACCUGAAGAUGCCCAAGAUGAAAAUGCCCAAGUUCAGCAUGCCUGGCUUCAAAGCAGAGGGCCCAGAAGUGGAUGUGAACCUUCCCAAAGCUGACCUUGAUGUCUCAGGACCCAAGGUGGACAUUGAAGCCCCAGAUGUGAGCCUGGAGGGGCCAGAAGGGAAGCUGAAAGGUUCUAAGUUUAAGAUGCCUGACAUGCACUUCAAGGCCCCCAAGAUCUCCAUGCCUGAUGUGGACUUGCACUUGAAAGGGCCCAAAGUAAAAGGUGAUAUGGAUGUGUCUGUACCAAAAUUGGGAGGUGAUUUGAAAGGUCCUAGCAUAGAUGUAGAGGUGCCUGAUGUUGAUUUGGAAUGUCCUGAUGCAAAAUUGAAAGGUUCCAAGUUUAAGAUGCCAGACAUGCACUUCAAGGCUCCAAAGAUCUCCAUGCCUGAUGCGGACUUACACUUGAAAGGCCCCAAAGUCAAGGGGGAUAUGGAUGUGACUGUGCCAAAAUUGGAGGGAGAAGUAAAAGGUCCCACUGUGGAUGUAGAGAUACCUGAUGUUGAUCUGGAAUGUCCUGAUGCAAAGUUGAAGGGUCCCAAGUUUAAGAUGCCAGACAUGCAUUUCAAGGCCCCCAAGAUCUCCAUGCCUGAUGUGGACUUGCACUUGAAAGGCCCCAAAGUCAAGGGGGAUAUGGAUGUGACUGUACCCAAGGUAGAAGGUGAAAUCAAAGUGCCAGAUGUGGAUAUCAAGGGCCCCAAAGUUGACAUAAGUGCCCCAGAUGUGGAUGUUCAUGGUCCAGACUGGCACCUGAAGAUGCCCAAGAUGAAAAUGCCCAAGUUCAGCAUGCCUGGCUUCAAAGCAGAGGGUCCUGAAGUGGAUGUGAACCUGCCCAAGGCUGACGUUGAAGUCUCAGGACCUAAGGUGGACGUUGAGGUCCCAGAUGUAAGCCUUGAGGGCCCAGAAGGGAAGGUUAAGGGUCCCAAGUUUAAGAUGCCUGACAUGCACUUCAAGGCUCCCAAGAUUUCCAUGCCUGAUGUUGAUUUCAACUUAAGGGGACCUAAAAUCAAGGGUGACAUUGAUGCUUCUGUCCCAAAAGUUGAAGGAGAAUUAAAGGGUCCUGAACUUGAUGUCAAGGGCACCAAAUUGGAUGUUGAUAUGCCAGAAGUUGCUGUGGAAGGCCCAGAAGGCAGAUGGAAAAGUCCUAAGUUCAAGAUGCCAGACAUGCACUUUAAGACUCCCAAAAUCUCCAUGCCAGACAUUGAUCUACACUUAAAGAGUCCCAAGAUAAAGGGAGAGGUGGAUGUAGACAUUCCCAAAGUAGAAGGAGAACUCCAAGGGCCACAGGUGGAUAUGAGUGGGCCUGGCAUUGAUGUUGAAGGACCAGAGGGAAAAUUGAAAGGCCCCAAGUUCAAGAUGCCAGAGAUGAACAUCAAAGCUCCUAAGAUCUCCAUGCCUGACUUUGAUUUGCAUUUUAAGGGUCCAAAAGUGAAGGGUGAUAUGGAUGUUUCCCUUCCCAAGGUGGAAGGUGACCUUAAGGGACCUGAAGUUAACAUCAAAGGCCCCAAAGUGGAUAUUGAUGCCCCAGAUGUGGAUGUUCAUGGUCCAGACUGGCACCUGAAGAUGCCCAAGGUGAAAAUGCCCAAGUUUAGCAUGCCUGGCUUUAAAGCAGAGGGUCCUGAAGUGGAUGUGAACGUGCCCAAGGCUGACCUUAAUGUCUCAGGACCCAAGGUGGACAUUGAUGUACCUGAUGUGAGCCUUGAAGGUCCAGAUGCAAAACUGAAGGGCCCCAAGUUCAAGAUGCCUGAGAUGAACAUCAAAGCCCCCAAGAUCUCCAUGCCUGACAUUGACUUAAACCUGAAAGGGCCCAAAGUGAAGGGUGAUGUGGAUGUUUCUAUGCCCAAGGUGGAAGGUGAGAUUAAAGUUCCUGAAGUUGACAUCAAAGGCCCCAAAGUGGACAUUGAUGUGCCAGAUGUGGAUGUUCAUGGCCCAGACUGGCACCUGAAGAUGCCCAAGAUAAAAAUGCCCAAGUUCAGCAUGCCUGGCUUCAAAGCAGAGGGCCCUGAAGUGGAUGUGAACCUGCCCAAGGCUGACCUUGAUGUCUCAGGACCCAAGGUGGACAUUGAUGUACCUGAUGUGAGCCUUGAAGGUCCAGAUGCAAAACUGAAGGGUCCCAAGUUCAAGAUGCCUGAGAUGAACAUCAAAGCCCCCAAGAUCUCCAUGCCUGACAUUGACUUAAACCUGAAAGGUCCAAAGGUUAAGGGUGAUGUGGAUGUUUCUAUUCCUAAAGUGGAAGGCAACCUAAAGGGUCCUGAAGUUGAUAUCAAAGGCCCCAAAGUGGACAUUGAUGUGCCAGAUGUGGAUGUUCAUGGCCCAGACUGGCACCUGAAGAUGCCCAAGAUGAAAAUGCCCAAGUUCAGCAUGCCUGGCUUUAAAGCAGAGGGUCCUGAGGUGGAUGUGAACCUGCCCAAAGCUGACCUUGAUGUCUCAGGACCCAAGGUGGACAUUGAUGUACCUGAUGUGAGCCUUGAAGGUCCAGAUGCAAAACUGAAGGGUCCCAAGUUCAAGAUGCCUGAGAUGAACAUCAAAGCCCCCAAGAUCUCCAUGCCUGACAUUGACUUAAACUUGAAAGGGCCCAAAGUGAAGGGUGAUGUGGAUGUUUCCCUUCCCAAGGUGGAAGGUGAGAUUAAAGUCCCUGACGUUGACAUCAAAGGCCCCAAAGUGGACAUUGAUGUGCCAGAUGUGGAUGUUCAUGGCCCAGACUGGCACCUGAAAAUGCCCAAGAUAAAAAUGCCCAAGUUCAGCAUGCCUGGCUUCAAAGGAGAAGGCCCUGAAGUGGAUGUGAACCUGCCCAAGGCUGACCUUGAUGUUUCAGUACCUAAGAUGGACAUUGAGGCACCAGAUGUGAGCCUGGAAGGUCCAGAUGCUAAAUUGAAGGGCCCCAAGUUCAAGAUGCCAGAUAUGAACAUCAAGGCCCCUAAAAUCUCAAUGCCAGAUUUGGAUCUUAAUAUUCAAGGCCCCAAAAUGAAAGGAGAGGUUGAUGUUUCGCUUCCAAAUAUAGAGGGUGAUUUGAAAGGCCCUUCUCUUGACAUAAAGGGCCCAAAGUUAGAUGUAGAUGCUGCAGAUAUUAACAUUCAUGGCCCAGAUAAUAAAUUAAAAGGCCCGAAACUAAAGAUGCCUGACAUGCAUGUGAAUAUGCCCAAGAUCUCCAUGCCAGAAAUUGACUUAAAUUUGAAGGGCUCAAAGCUGAAGGGAGAUGUUGAUAUCUCUGGACCCAAAUUAGAAGGUGAUAUUCAACCUCCCAAAGUGGAUGUGAAGGGCCCAGAAGUGGACAUUUCUGGUCCUAAGAUCAAUAUUGAAGGAAAAUCAAAGAAAUCUCGCUUUAAGCUUCCUAAAUUUAAUUUUUCGGGUUCCAAAGUUCAGACACCUGAGGUGGAUGUCAAAGUUAAAAAGCCAGACGUUGAUGUGACAGGUCCAAAAGUUGAUAUUAAUGCUCCUGAAGUUGAAGUCCAAGGAAAGGUGAAAGGAUCCAAGUUUAAAAUGCCUUUUCUGAGUAUUUCUUCUCCCAAAGUUUCUAUGCCCGAUGUGGAGCUAAACUUGAAAGGUCCUAAAGUCAAAGGAGACUUAGAUAUUGCCAGUCCUAAUUUAGAAGGAGAACUUAAAAGUCCCAAAGUGGAUAUUAAAGCACCAGAAGUCCACCUUAAUGCACCAGAUGUGGAUGUUCAUGGUCCAGAAUGGCACCUAAAGAUGCCCAAAAUGAAAAUGCCCAAGUUCAGUGUGCCUGGAGUAAAAGCAGAGGGGCCUGAUGUGGCUGUGGAUUUACCAAAAGGAGACAUCAACAUAGAAGGACCCAGUAUGAAUAUUGAGGGCCCAGAACUCAAUAUGGAAGGUUCAGAAGGAGGCUUAAAAGGUCCGAAAUUAAAGAUGCCUGACUUGAACAUCAAAGCUCCCAAGAUCUCCAUGCCUGAAAUCGACUUAAAUCUGAAAGGACCCAAAGUAAAAGGAGAUCUCGAUGUUUCUCUUCCCAAACUUGAAGGGGAUAUUCAAGGACCAGAGGUUGAUCUUAAAGGUCCUAAAGUGGAUAUCAGUGUUCCAGAUGUGGAUGUUCAUGGCCCAGACUGGCACCUGAAGAUGCCCAAAGUAAAAAUGCCGAAGUUCAGCAUGCCUGGCUUCAAAGCAGAGGGCCCUGAAGUGGAUGUGAACCUGCCCAAGGCUGACCUUGAUGUCUCAGGACCCAAGGUGGACAUUGACAUGCCAGAUGUGACCCUGGAAGGUCCAGAUGCAAAAUUGAAGGGCCCCAAGUUCAAGAUGCCAGAAAUGAACAUCAAAGUCCCCAAGAUCUCCAUGCCUGACAUUGACUUAAACCUGAAAGGGCCCAAAGUGAGGGGUGAUGUGGAUGUUUCUAUGCCCAAGGUGGAAGGUGAGAUUAAAGUUCCUGAAGUUGACAUCAAAGGCUCCAAAGUGGACAUUGAUUUGCCAGAUGUGGAUGUUCAUGGCCCAGACUGGCACCUGAAGAUGCCCAAGGUGAAAAUGCCCAAGUUCAGCAUGCCUGGCUUCAAAGGAGAAGGCCCUGAAGUGGAUGUGAACCUUCCCAAGGCUGACCUUGAUGUCUCAGGACCCAAGGUGGACAUUGAUGUACCUGAUGUGAGCCUUGAAGGUCCAGAUGCAAAACUGAAGGGUCCCAAGUUCAAGAUGCCUGAGAUGAACAUCAAAGCCCCCAAGAUCUCCAUGCCCAACUUUGAUCUGAAUCUAAAAGGUCCUAAAAUGAAGGGUGAUGUGGAUGUUUCACUGCCCCAAGUGGAAGGUGAUUUAAAGGGCCCCAGUUUGGACAUUACAGGCCCUAAAGUGGACAUUGACACUCCUGAUAUUGGCAUUGAGGGCCCAGAGGGUAAAGUAAAGGGGCCCAAAUUCAAAAUGCCAGAGAUGCACCUAAAAACUCCAAAUAUAUCCAUGCCAGACAUUGACUUAAACCUGAAAGGUCCCAAAAUGAAGGGUGAUGUGGAUGUUUCCCUGCCCAAGGUGGAAGGUGAGAUUAAAGUCCCUGAAGUUGACAUCAAAGGCCCCAAAGUGGACAUUGAUGUGCCAGAUGUGGAUGUCCAUGGCCCAGACUGGCACCUGAAAAUGCCUAAGAUAAAAAUGCCCAAGUUCAACAUGCCUGGUUUCAAAGGAGAGGGCCCUGAAGUGGAUGUGAACCUUCCCAAGGCUGACCUUGAUGUCUCAGGACCCAAGGUGGACAUUGUUGUACCUGAUGUGAGCCUUGAAGGUCCAGAUGCAAAACUGAAGGGUCCCAAGUUCAAGAUGCCUGAGAUGAACAUCAAAGCUCCCAAGAUCUCCAUGCCUGACAUUGACUUAAACCUGAAAGGGCCCAAAGUGAAGGGUGAUGUGGAUGUUUCUAUGCCCAAGGUGGAAGGUGAGAUUAAAGUUCCUGAAGUUGACAUCAAAGGCCCCAAAGUGGACAUUGAUGUGCCAGAUGUCGAUGUUCAUGGUCCAGACUGGCACCUGAAGAUGCCCAAGAUAAAAAUGCCCAAGUUCAGCAUGCCUGGCUUCAAAGCAGAGGGCCCUGAAGUGGAUGUGAACCUGCCCAAGGCUGACCUUGAUGUCUCAGGACCCAAGGUGGACAUUGAUGUACCUGAUGUGAGCCUUGAAGGUCCAGAUGCAAAACUGAAGGGUCCCAAGUUCAAGAUGCCUGAGAUGAACAUCAAAGCCCCCAAGAUCUCCAUGCCUGACAUUGACUUGCAUUUGAAAAGUCCUAAGAUGAAAGGAGAUGUGGAUGUUUCUCUGCCUAGGGUAGAAGGUGACCUAAAGGGUCCUGAAGUUGACAUCAAAGGUCCCAAACUGGACAUUGAUGCUCCAGAUGUGGAUGUUCAUGGCCCAGACUGGCACCUGAAGAUGCCCAAGGUGAAAAUGCCCAAAUUCAGCAUGCCUGGCUUCAAAGGAGAGGGCCCUGAAGUGGAUGUUAAUUUGCCCAAAGCAGACCUUGAUGUCUCAGGACCAAAAGUGGACAUAGACCCUCCUGGCAUUGACAUUCAUGGCACAGAAGGGAAACUGAAGGGCCCCAAGUUUAAAAUGCCCGAUCUCCAUCUUAAGGCUCCCAAGAUCUCCAUGCCUGAAGUUGACCUAAAUUUGAAAGGUCCAAAGGUUAAGGGUGAUGUGGAUCUUUCUCUUCCCAAGGUGGAAGGUGACCUCAAGGGUCCUGAAGUUGACAUUAAAGGCCCCAAAGUGGACAUUAAUACUCCAGAUAUGGAUGUUCAUGGCCCAGACUGGCACCUGAAGAUGCCUAAAAUAAAAAUGCCGAAGUUCAGCAUGCCUGGCUUCAAAGCAGAGGGCCCUGAAGUGGAUGUGAACCUACCCAAGGCUGACCUUGAUGUCUCAGGACCCAAGGUGGACAUUGAUGUACCUGAUGUGAGCCUUGAAGGUCCAGAUGCAAAACUGAAGGGCCCCAAGUUCAAGAUGCCUGAGAUGAACAUCAAAGCCCCCAAGAUCUCCAUGCCUGACAUUGACUUAAACCUGAAAGGGCCCAAAAUGAAGGGUGAUGUGGAUGUUUCCCUGCCCAAGGUGGAAGGUGAGAUUAAAGUCCCUGAAGUUGACAUCAAAGGCCCCAAAGUGGACAUUGAUGCUCCAGAUGUGGAUGUUCAUGGCCCAGACUGGCACCUGAAGAUGCCCAAAGUGAAAAUGCCCAAGUUCAGCAUGCCUGGCUUCAAAGGAGAAGGCCCUGAAGUGGAUGUGAACCUUCCCAAGGCUGACCUUGAUGUCUCAGGACCCAAGGUGGACAUUGAUGUACCUGAUGUGAGCCUUGAAGGUCCAGAUGCAAAACUGAAGGGCCCCAAGUUCAAGAUGCCUGAGAUGAACAUCAAAGCCCCCAAGAUCUCCAUGCCUGACUUUGAUUUGCAUGUUAAAGGCCCUAAAAUGAAGGGUGAUGUGGAUCUGUCUGUGCCUAAAAUGGAAGGUGACCUCAAGUGCCCUAGUAUUGAUAUCAAAGGCCCCAGUGUGGAUAUUGACACUCCUGAUGUCAAUAUUGAAGGUCCUGAAGGAAAGAUAAAGGGGCCUAAAUUUAAAAUGCCAGAUAUGCACAUCAAAGCUCCCAAGAUUUCCAUGCCUGAUUUUGACUUAAACCUUAAAGGGCCUAAAGUAAAAGGAGAUGUGGAUCUUUCACUACCUAAAGUGGAAGGUGACCUGAAAGGGCCACAAGUAGACAUUGAGGGUCCUGAAGGGAAACUCAAAGGUCCCAAGUUUAAAAUGCCUGAUGUUCAUUUCAAAACCCCACAAAUCUCAAUGAGUGACAUUGAUUUGAACUUGAAAGGACCUAAGAUAAAGGGAGAUUUGGACAUUUCCAUUCCUAAAACAGAUGUCAAGGGUCCCAAGCUGGACAUAGACACUCCUGACAUUGAUAUUCAUGGCCCAGAAGGGAAACUGAAGGGCCCCAAGUUUAAAAUGCCUGAUCUCCACCUCAAGACACCCAAAAUAUCAAUGCCUGAAGUUGACCUGAAUCUGAAAGGUCCAAAGGUGAAGAGUGACGUGGAUGUUUCCCUGCCCAAAGUGGAAGGUGAUGUCAAGGGUCUUGAAGUUGACAUCAAAGGCCCCAAAGUGGACAUUGAUGCUCCAGAUGUGGAUGUUCAUGGUCCAGACUGGCACCUGAAGAUGCCCAAGGUGAAAAUGCCCAAGUUCAGCAUGCCUGGCUUUAAAGCAGAGGGUCCUGAAGUGGAUGUGAACCUGCCCAAGGCUGACCUUGAUGUCUCAGGACCCAAGGUGGACAUUGACGUGCCAGAUGUGACCCUGGAAGGUCCAGAUGCAAAACUGAAGGGCCCCAAGUUCAAGAUGCCUGAGAUGAACAUCAAAGCCCCCAAGAUCUCCAUGCCUGACAUUGACUUAAACCUGAAAGGGCCCAAAGUAAAGGGUGAUGUGGAUGUUUCCCUGCCCAAGGUGGAAGGUGAGAUCAAAGUCCCUGAAGUUGACAUCAAAGGCCCCAAAGUGGACAUUGAUGCUCCAGAUGUGGAUGUUCAUGGUCCAGACUGGCACCUGAAGAUGCCAAAGGUGAAAAUGCCUAAGUUCAGCAUGCCUGGCUUCAAAGCAGAGGGCCCUGAAGUGGAUGUGAACCUGCCCAAGGCUGACCUUGAUGUCUCAGGACCCAAGGUGGAUAUUGAGGCACCAGAUGUGAGCCUUGAAGGUCCAGAUAUGAAAGUAAAGGGCCCCAAGUUCAAGAUGCCUGAGAUUAAUAUCAAAGCCCCCAAAAUAUCUAUGCCUGAUGUAGAUCUGGAUUUAAAAGGACCUAAAAUAAAAGGAGAUGUUGAUAUUUCUGUCCCUAAGAUUGAGGGUUCUUUCAAAGCACCAGAAGUAGACCUCAAAGGUCCCGGUCUGGAUUUCAAAGGUCCUGAUGCCAAACUCAGUGGCCCUCACUUGAAGAUGCCUUCACUCGAUAUAUCUGCUCCUAAAGUCAAUGUACCUGAUGUUGAUUUGCAUCUCAAGACACCCAAAAUUGGCAUUUCUGGUCCUAAGCUUGAAGGUGGUGAAGUGGACCUUAAGGGCCCCAAAGUGGAUUUAGAAACUCCAAGCAUAGAUGUACAUAUGGAGAGCCCAGAUGUUAACAUUGAGGGACCAGAUGUUAAAUUUCCCAAGUUUAAGAAACCCAAGUUUGGAUUUGGUGCAAAAAGCCCUAAAGCUGACAUCAAGCCACCUUCACUAGAUGUGACUGUUCCUGAAGCAGAGCUGAAUGUUGAGACUCCUGAAAUAAGUGUUGGUGGCAAGGGCAAGAAAAGUAAGUUUAAAAUGCCUAAAAUUCACAUGAGUGGUCCUAAAGUUAAGGCCAAGAAACAGGGAUUUGAUUUAAAUGUUCCUGGAGGUGAGAUUGAUGCUACUCUCAAGGCUCCUGAUGUGGAUGUCAAUGUUGCAGGGCCUGAUGCUGCACUCAAGGUCGACAUGAAAUCUCCCAAAACCAAGAAAACCAUGUUUGGAAAGAUGUACUUUCCAGAUGUAGAAUUUGAUAUUAAGUCACCUAAAUUUAAAGCUGAGGCUCCCCUCCCUAGCCCCAGGAUGGAGGGUGAAAUUCAUGGACCUGACCUGGAUGUUUCCUCACCUGGGAUCAAUGUGGAAGUUCCUGACAUUAAGCUGAAGGCUCCCAAAUUCAAAGUGCCCAGUGUGGAUGUCUCAGGACCCCAAGUAGAGGGCAGUUUGAAAGGACCCAAGAUGGAGGUAAACUUGGGCAAACCUGACAUGAACAUUGAAGGCCCAGAUGCUAAAAUCAAAGCACCAUCUUUUGGCAUUUCUGCCCCUCAGGUCUCCUUACCCGAUGUGAAUGUUAACUUGAAAGGACCAAAGAUUAAGGGUGAUGUCCCCAGUGUGGGCCUGGAAGGACCAGACAUAGAUCUGCAAGGUCCAGAAGCUAAAAUCAAGUUCCCCAAGUUUUCAUUGCCCAAGAUUAGUGUUCCUGGUAUGAAAGUGGAGGGUGGGGGCACUGAGGCCCAUGUCCAGUUGCCCUCUCUCGAAGGAGACUUGAGCAUGCCAGAUGUUAAGCUUGAAGGGUCUGAUGUCUCUCUAAAAGGUCCAGGAGUGGACUUGCCUUCAGUGAACCUCUCUAUGCCCAAAGUCUCUGGACCUGACCUCGACCUGAACUUGAAAGGACCAAGUUUGAAGGCAGAUGUGGAUGCAUCAAUUCCCAGCAUGAAGGUGCAUGCCCCAGGGCUUGACCUCAGAGGUGUUGAUGGAAAGGUACAGAUGGGAGGAGAUGGUGUGAAAGUGUCAGGGAUUGAUGCCACAACGACACUUAAUGUUGGAGCACCAGAUGUGACAUUGAAGGGACCAAGUCUAAAGGGAGAUCUGGCUAUGUCUGGUGACAUCAAGUGCCCUAAAAUAUCUGUGGGUGCUCCUGAUCUCAGCUUAGAGGCAUCAGAAGGUGGUAUUAAACUUCCCAAAAUGAAGCUGCCCCAGUUUGACAUCUCCAGUCCAGGGUCUGACUUGGACAUUAACAUCAAAGGGCCACAAGUUGGUGGAGAACUAAAGGGGCCAGGUAUGGAUGUGAACUUGAAGGGGCCUCAGUUCUCAGCACCAGGCAUGGACUUUAACUUGGAAGGACCAAAAGUAAAGGGGAGCCUUGGGCCUGUCGGUGAGUUGAAAGGCCAUACAGUUGGGGGGAGCCUUCCAGGCAUCAGUGUUCAAGGCCUUGAAGGAAACCUCCAGAUGCCUGGAAUCAAAUCCUCUGGAUGUGAUAUGGAUCUGCCAGGUGUAAAUGUGAAACUCCCUACAGGGCAGAUUUCUGGUCCUGAAAUCAAAGGUGAUCUAAAAGGUUCCGAUAUCAGCAUAAAGGGGCCUUCCUUUAAUAUGGCAUCUCCUGAGUCAGAUUUUGGUGUCAGCUUGAAGGGUCCGAAAAUCAAAGGAGGUGUGGAUGUUUCAGGGGGUAUCAGUGUUCCAGAGGCCAGCCUGGGUGAAGGGCAUAUGAGUGUCAAAGGCUCUGGAGUUGAGUGGAAAGGACCCCAAGUCUCUUCUGCUCUCAACUUGGAUUCGUCCAAGUUGGCUGGGGGCCUUCAUUUCUCAGGACCAAAGGUAGAAGGAAGUGUGAAAGGAGGUCAGAUUGGACUCCAUGGUCCUGGACUGAGUGUGUCUGGGCCUCAAGGUCACUUGGAGAGUGGAUCUGGAAAAGUAACAUUCCCCAAGAUGAAGAUCCCCAAAUUUACUUUUUCUGGCCGUGAGCUGGUCGGCAGAGAAGUGGGAGUGGAUGUCCACUUCCCUAAAGUGGAAGGCUGUGCACAGGCUGGUGCCGGAGAAGGCGAAGGGGAGGAGUCUGAAGUAAAACUGAAAAAAUCCAAAAUCAAAAUGCCCAAGUUCACUUUCUCCAAACCCAAAGGGAAAGGCGGUGUCACUGGCUCUCCAGAAGCAUCCAUCUCUGGGUCCAAAGGUGACUUGAAAAGUUCAAAGGCCAGUCUGGGCUCUCUCGAAGGAGAUGUAGAGGCUGAAGCAUCUUCACCCAAAGGCAGGUUCUCCCUGUUUAAAAGCAAGAAGCCAAGGCACCGCUCCAAUUCUUUCAGCGACGAGAGGGAGUUCUCUGCACCUUCCACCCCAACGGGGACUUUGGAAUUCGAAGGUGGAGAAGUGUCACUCGAAGGUGGAAAAGUUAAAGGCAAACAUGGGAAGCUAAAAUUUGGUACCUUUGGUGGAUUAGGGUCAAAGAGUAAAGGUCAUUACGAGGUGACUGGGAGUGAUGAUGAGGCGAGCAAGCUACAGGGGAGUGGGGUAUCCUUGGCCUCCAAGAAGUCCCGACUGUCCUCUUCUUCCAGCAAUGACAGUGGGACUAAGGUGGGCAUCCAGCUUCCAGAAGUAGAACUGUCGGUUUCCACAAAGAAAGAGUAGUGGGCUUUUGUAUGUGUGUGUGUGUGUGUAUAUAUAUAUAUAUAAAUACAUCAGCCAUGGGUGUGUUUGUAUAUAAACUCCAAAGAGAAACACCCCAGCAGCCUCAGCAAUAAUGCAAAAAUCUUGCCUCUGUCAGUGGCAAGUGCUGAAAAAAAAAAAAAAAAUCAACUGCCUCUAGGCUUCUGGAGCUGUGCAGAUAGGUAGAGUUCCAAGUUCAUCCAGCCCAUGUGCAAAGUCAGCGGUGUCUGUCUUAAGAUUUCAGGUGGUUUUUUUUUUUUUCUUUUGCAUUGAAUGCUGAGAUCUCUUGUUUACUAAGCAAGCUUUUGUGUUUAUUAUCUUCAUUUUUACAUUGUUAGUAUUGGGGUAAUGGAAACCCACUUUUUCAUUGCAAUGACUUUUGGGGCUUUUGUUAGGAAGGGAGGGUGGGAUAAAAGGCAACGGAGUGGGCCAGGUCUUCAUUGUUCCUAAGAUUGGACCUAGUCAAACAGCAACACCCAGGCAUGGCCCAGAGGAGGUGGCAGCCAAGGUGUACCCGGGUGUUUUUCAAGCUUUGUAGUAUAGCUUUGUUCCCCAGGGGUGUUAGUCCCAGCCUGUUUGGUGCUCAAGGUGAGAGGGAAUUAGGAUGUUUGCAAAUUGCCCAACCCACCAGGUCAACAUGAGGGGCUUCCAUUCUGUGUUUUGUAAGAAAACUGUUUUGUAAGAAAAUUGCUAUUCAUGAGUGCCAUGUUCCUGGAAAAAAAAGUUCUGAUUUCUUUUAACAAGUGUUAUUGUGAUUGAGAAAAGUUCUGGCACUUUAAUGGCAAAUUAAUUGAGAAUGUAAGAAAAUUUAUGCUGUACAAGACAAAUAAAGCUGUUGAUUAACCCUGA